CCCUUUAGGACCUUGACGGCUGAUGAGGCUGCUAAAAUAGAGCAGGCCAUUGACGACCUUUUGCUUGAGGAACUCUUCAAGCCCACAUCCCCGGAUUCGCCAGACUACAAUGUAGUGGCUUUUAGGGGUAAAGCCUUCUGCAGUGAAGGGGCGCUGAAGAUGUGGUGCGAAGACGACCUCGCCGUCCAAUGGCUGAAGCAGAACAUCAGCAAGAUACCGUCGCCCCGCGAGGGGUCUCGUCUUGUCGUUGUGCGGCAGAGCGAGAUACCUCGCAGGGUGAAAGCGGGGAUGUUCGUACCACGUUUUGAGUGGACCGGGAGUGAUUGCAUGGAUAGGCUGCUAACCAUUCUCGAUCGGCAAAACAAGUGGUACGACGUCCAAUCUUGGACCUUGUACAAAGCCGAGCCACAGGGUGAAAACCCACCGGGAAUGUUCCUGGUCCUCGGUCUACCACAGGAGGAAGUGGAUAAAAUCAAGGCGAGAGAUCGACGAGUCGCCUACAGAACAGGCUCAAUCUACGUCCUCUUCUUCAAUGAGGCGCACGGAGGUGGUCUCCAUAGUGAGUCAUCGAAGGCGCCCAUUGAUAGUGCUGUGAGGGAGGCCCCAACGGGCCCAGACCCCACGGCUGUGGCUACCAGUAGUCACGGCCCAGCACUACCUCAUCCGAGCUCGCAGCGCCAGACCAUUCCGGCAACGGAACGGAGCGAUCCAUGCUCGGUGAAUGCACCCGGCGCGGUCUCAGGAUCGCCGCCCAGUGCACUAACCGAGUGGGACGAGCGGUUGAUGACCGAGGAGGAAGUGGACGCG